CUUUGUGCUUCGGUUGUGUUAUGUUGGUGUGCGCGGAGAGUCAAAGCCGUACAGUGUUGAAAGAUAGCGAUUUGGAAUUGUCAUUAUAUUAAUUACAUCAUUUACUUUUCGGCCAUAAGCCCCAACGAACGAUAACAUAUUGAUUAAGUUUUUCAAAAGCAAGAAACCAAAAAGAAGGAUAAGAGCAACUCAGUUAAUAUAAGAAAUAAAUUGAAUUGCUGGAACUUCAUUAGUGGAGUGUGUAUUAGCAAUCAGCAACUAAGUACAUAUCCAGCUCGCCAAUCAGGCAAAUUGGAUAGAAGAUAUGUGAGUGGAGGCGAAUUAAGGUUCUAAAUACAUACAUAUGUGGGUACAAAAAGAGAAAUGAAAUAAAUAGUGAAACGAAAUUAAGGGCCAAGCAACAUAAUGAACCGAACAAACGAACUGCGUAAAGAAAAGGAGGAAGAAAAUGAAAUGGUCAUUAGACUCGUUUUUUGAAAUUGUAAUUAGGUUUGAUGGGGAGCAACUGUGAUGGCGAUGAGGUUCACAAUCAUGCAUACAUACAAAAAUACGAAUAUUUGUAUGUACGUAUGUAAAUAUGGCAUUUAUACAAAUGUUUAGUACAAGCAUACUACUUGUCUAUGCAUUAAACUACGUAGGUAUGUAUGUACAUAUAUGCGAAAUAAAGCUUAGUGCAGUAGCAGCCCCCAUCUUGUUUCUGGUUAAAUUGCGGAGACAACAGCAGCCGCUGACAAGUGUAGCAACUGACGAAAGUAUCGUCGGUGGCAUCUCGCGCCCAGGUUGUCUGAUGCAGAGAGCGCAUCUGCAUCUUCUUCGCUUGUCGGUUUAGUAUACUUGAAUAUCCGCUUUAGUAUAAGUUGUUCACUGCUCUAUGAUGCCAGCUAACCAAAGUGUGCCUUUGCUUACCUUGGCGUAUAUCGUGUUGUGUUAAAACUAAUGCAGAUUACCUUUGUGCCAAUUUCUAAAGCAGAUUGUUUACAAAAUUAAAUCAGCCAAACGUUUCGGCUGCAUAGAAUGUAUUCAAUACAACCACAGUGCUGCAGAGUACAUACAUAUGUACCAUAUAUACGUAUGUAUACAUGCUCGGUCAGGGGAUAUGUAUGGAUGCUUUUUUUUUUUAAUGAUCAUUCCAAAUCUGUAAUUAUCACCAAAGUAUGUGAAAUUAUUUCCUUGCUUGCUACGAAACUGCAUUUAUGAAGCUGAUGAUUCUGUUGUUGUUCCUCUUUUUCAUAAUGUUUCUCAGUUUACGCAGGUGCUGAGAGUGAGAAAACGAUAAUUACAAGAGAGAGAAAAAAAAUGGUGUACACGAUUCUGCUAUUCAAUAACGCCAGUGGUUUUUUAUCAGUGAUUUUAUUUUGCGAUUAGAAAAAGAUCUAUAACAAAUUGUUGCAGGAAUUUUGAUGAAAGUAGUAAAGUGUGGACUUUUCUAAACACUCCGGUCGAAAUGAGAUGCAUAUCAUAGCUUUUGUGAAUUAAACUGGUCGAUUUUAAUAAAGACUUCGCUGUACUGUUCGGGAUCGUGAUAGCGGAGGUUCUUCGAGAAUUGCAUUCUUCCUUUAUGAGACCCAUGUGAAAUGCCUUAUGAAAAAUUCAAUAAAAAGCGUCGACAAUGGGAGGAUAAUGGUGUUUUAGAAUUAAUCAAGCUGUGGAAAGUCUGCGCCUAUGAGUUGCGCACCAUAAAACGCAAUGGCCAUUUGUAUGUGGCUAUGGCAAAGCAGUUAACUGCUUUGGGUGUACCUGUGACAGCGCUAGAAGUACAUUUUAAAGUAAAUAACUUAACCCAACGCUACAGACAAGAACAGAAAACCUUCGAAACAACCGGUAUUAUAAGCACGUGGAAAUUCUAUUCACAAGUGGAUGAUGUUUUUAAAAGUUUGGCUGGUCAAGCUGGGUAUAAAGAUAAACGAAUUAUGACGCCUGCUUCAAAUCCGAGUACUCUACCAUCGGCAUCGGAAUCCCCAGUGUGGAAAAAUCAAAUGACUCAACAAGAAUUUAAUAGUAAUAAUUCCGAAGGAUUUUAUAAAUCUGAAUAUGGAAUGCACCGACAGUUUAUAGAUCACACCCAACCGCCACCCAAUCAAAACAACGAUGUGAACUUUAUGGCCUCCACAGCCGCUGCGGCGGCUGUAGCUGCAGCUUCAGCGCAACUUAAUACAGCACCUAAUAACACAAAUGGUGUUUUACCUAACUACAAUAAUAACAAUAAUAACAACAACAUCAAAAUUAAAAAACCGUCUGAAGAAUAUGAUAAAUUUGUGGACAUUGUCAAAAAUAUUGUCGAUAAUCACAAGGCCACUCCGGAUAAAGUUGAUACAUUUGGAGACUUUAUUAAAUCGUAUAUGAGACGUUGGCCAGACCGGUUGCAGGAUGAAGCCAUAAAUCACAUAACUAAUUAUGUUAUUGUUAAAAACAUGGAGAAUUCGAUGAAUAAUGGCGGGGAUAGUGUAAACAAUAGACAAUAAUACAAGGCAGCUUAGAAUUUAGGUUGAAUUAUAUACUGAUUGAUCUAUCAGAAUGUCAUGUGCAUGUGUAGCCUUAGUUUUGGUUUUAAGUACAUCUAAAAACGUUACUUAAUUUAGGGUUCAUAUUUCUUCUUGAUUUAUACAUAUUUCUUUCUUGGUUUAUAGAUUUAAAUUUCUUUUAUUGGAUAGUAGGAAAACUAUAUAUAAAAUAUUGCGAUUUAAUGCAUUCAAAAUGUACUAUAUCAAUUUCUUCGUAAGCUUGAUUCACUUAUGUUUUUAAUAUCUUCUUACAUUAUUUUCUUAUACGUAUUUAAGAAAAAUAUUUAACGUUAAUAGACUUUAUUGGAAUACUGGAGUGUUUUUAACUAUUAUAACCUAAGUUUAAAUGAAUGUGUUAAUUUUAAAUUGAUAUGGAAAUAAAAAAUCUAUCCAUAAAGGUUUUAUU